CUGCGGGAUACUGACCCCGACAUCCUCGUCGGCUUCGAAGUUCAGCACGCGUCCUGCGGUUACCUCCUCGAGCGAUCAGCCGCUAUCGGGUUCCCCCUUGACCGCUGCCUCUCCCGCUGUCCCUUCCACCGCAGCACUCUAGAGUCUCGACCCGACACCUACGGCCAGCAGCAGCAGUCAGGCAUCCACGUCUGCGGGAGGGAGAUUCUCAACGUGUGGCGAUUAUGCCGGCAGGAGAUCAAACUUGGUCUGUACAACUACACCAACGUCUGCGCUAAGGUGCUGAACAAGAGGGUGCCAUCCUUUCCUCCUCAGCUGCUCCAUUCAUGGUUCCAGCACCUUGCCUCCCCGCACAGUCUGAAGCGGCAGGUCCUGCUCUACCUCCUUGAGAAGGCCAGCAACACGCUCCUCAUCCUCGAAGCCAUGGAGCUCGUCGGCAGGACCUGCGAACUUGCGCGCGUCUUCGGCAUCGACUUCUUCUCGGUCCUCAGCCGCGGGUCCCAGUAUCGGGUAGAGAGCAUGCUCUACCGCCUCGCUCGCACGCAGAACUUCCUCCUCCUCUCUCCCUCCGUGCAGCAGCGGCAGAGCCAGCCAGCCACGGAGUGCAUCCCGCUGGUGAUGGAGCCGCAGAGCGCCUUCUACAGCAGCCCCGUCUGCGUCCUCGACUUCCGGUCCCUCUACCCCUCUGUCGUGAUCGCCUACAACAUGUGUUACUCCACCUGCCUCGGCAAGCUCGUCGAGCCCGACAGCGACGGCAACGUCAAGCUCGGCGUCUCCAGCCUCCGCCGCGCCCCCGGCCUGCUGGCGAGCGUGCGAGAGGAGGCGAUCAUCACUCCCAAUGGCAUGGCGUUCCUGCCGCCCGACAAGCGCGAGGGGGUGCUGCCUCGUCUGCUGCGAGAGAUCCUGCAGGCGAGAGUGGCGGUGAAGAAGUUGAUGAAACAGGUCGGGGGAGACGUGAAGCUCUACAGGACCCUCAACUCCAGGCAGUUCGGCCUCAAGCUCAUCGCCAACGUCACCUACGGCUACACCUCCGCCGGCUUCUCCGGCCGCAUGCCAUGCGCCGACUUGGCCGACGCCAUCGUGCAGACGGGGCGAGAGACGCUGGAGCGAGCGAUCCGGACGGUAGAAGAGGGGAGGCAAUGGGGGGCGCGAGUGAUCUACGGGGACACAGACAGUCUCUUCGUCGAGAUCCCUGGGAGGUCGCGAGAGGAAGCGUUUCGCAUCGGCAGGGAGAUCGCUGCUGCGGUCACAGCUGAGAACCCUGCUCCGAUGGAGCUGGAGCUGGAGAAAGUCUAUCAGCCGAGCAUGAUGGUGGCCAAGAAGCGCUACGUGGGGUACAGCUACGACUCUCCUUCCUCCAAGCCUGUCCUCGACGCCAAGGGCAUCGAGAUGGUGAGGAGAGACUCGUGUCCGCUGGUCAUGAGGGUGCAGGAGAAGGCGCUGAAGGUGCUGUUCGAGACGAAGAACAUCUCCAAGCUCAAGAGCUACAUGGAGGGCGUCUUCAUGGACAUCAUCGCCUCCAACUUGAACAUCAACGAGUACGUCUUUGCGAAGGAGGUCAGGCAGGGGACCUACGCCUCUUCCACCCUCCCCCCUGCCGCCACUGUCAACGCAACCAAGGUUCUCCGAGACCCCCGAGCGGGAGCUCUGCAUGCCGAGAGGAUCCCCUACGUCGUCGUGUGCGGCCAGCCAGGAGCGCGUCUGGUGGACCUCGUCCUUGACCCGCGCGAGCUCCUCGCCUCCUCUGGGAUGCUUCGGAUCAACGCGCAGUACUACAUCACCAAGGCUCUGAUCCCCUGCCUCGAGCGCCUCCUCUCCCUCUUUGGUGUCGACAUACGGCGAUGGUACCUCGAGCUCCCACGCUACAGCCGCGCAAGCUCGAGGGACCACGCUUCUCAUGAAGGCAGCAUCCGGAGUCACUUCCAGAGCAUGCACUGUAUCCUCUGCGACCAGCUCUCCAGGACGGCCGUCUGUGCGGAGUGCACUUCCCUUCCUCAAGUGGCUCUGUGUACGAUGCAGAAUCGUCGGGGGAGGGUGGAGCGAGAUCUUGCCCGGCUCUGCAGGAUCUGCGUGAGUUGUGUAGGGAGCAUGCGGCUCGUGACAGGGUGCGACGCGGUGGACUGCCCGGUGCUCUACGACCGCGUGAAGGCGCAGCAGCUGUGGGAAGCAUCGAGUCGCAUAGACUGGGGCGUGAACUUCUUGGAGUGGUGA